AUGCCGUUGGACACCCGUCUUUUCGAGCCUGUCGGCCGUGAGCACGUCGAGGACCACGUGUUUGAGAUGUACGUUGAACACGCGCCGCCCGAGAGCGCCGGGCUGGGGUAUUUGUCGCGGACGGACGAGGUACGGGUCGCUGUCGGGGAUGACGAGUAUGUGGUGCAACAGUCUGUUUCUGCCUUCAACAGCAGCAACAGUGAUGGCACGACGGGCUUUUUGACGUGGUCGACGUCACAAGUGGUGGCCGAGUGGCUUCUGCGGCCGAAGAACGCCGUCUUCGACGCGAUCAGGAGUUCUAGCGUGGUGGAGCUGGGGUCCGGCGUGUCGGGGCUGCUGGCGUGCUCGGUGGGCCGCAAAUGCCGUCAUUACGUGUGCACGGACCAGCAGGGUGUGAUGAAGCUGCUCAAGAACAACCUAAGGCACAACGGCGGCGUUUUCGAGUCGUCUACUGUUGCUACCGAAAAUACGUCCAGACGACACAACGUGCCGCGAAUCGACGCCGUGACGUUCGACUGGGAGGCCUCGUCGCCGGAGGCGGUUCUGGAACUCGUUCAGGGAUAUCCGGACUUCAUCAUUACCUGCGACACUAUAUACAAUCCGUACUUGAUACCGCAUCUGGUGCGCGCGGCCAAGACGCUGGCGGGCCCGCAAACAGGCAUUCUGCGUGUUAGGCUGGUAUGUGUUACCGAGGUUACCUCCUCUGAAACCACCUCUAGUGGCCCAUCUUCUUUGGAGGAAGCCGAGCAGGGACGAGGCGCCGGCAGGCUGGCCAAGCGCGGCGGACGUCAGCGCGAGCGAGGCCGGCCGCACAGGCCGAGUCGCCACGAUGGAAAAUUGUCUGAUAGACUGGCACCAGAGACCAAAGUUCAUGUCGAGGAAAAACGAAAAAUAAAAAAAAUAGAGAAAAUAAAAAAAAAUAUUUAUUCCAUGUCGUUUCGCAAGAGAGUCACGGCGUCGGCUGUGAACUCGCCCGUUGUUGCCAGCGUUCACGCGGCCGUCGCCUUGUCAUCAGACGAGACCCAGCAGAUGCUGGACCAGUUCAUAAGCGAGUGCGACCGUCUCGAGGCCACCGCCAUGGACAAGAGCUACCACGGGCCCGAUUCGACCACUCUGAGCCAGCUGAAGCGGCUGCAGAGGGAGCUGAGGGGUCUGCCGCCGCUGCUGCUGGAGGGCCAGGCCAAGGAGAAGAGCGAGAAGGGGCCGAAGAAGACUGUUUUCGAGGACGCUGCGGAGAAGCCGAAAAAAAUCGUGUUUGACGACGAGACCGUGGGAGACGAGACCGUGGGGGACGAGACAGUGGUGAGCGACGGGAACAGCGAGGAGAAGCGGAAGAAGCGCAAACUGGAGAAGAAAGAGAAGAGGGAGAAGAAGGAGAGAAAGGAGAAGAAGGAGAAGAAGGAGAAGAAAGACAGGAAGGGAAAGAGCGAGGAGUAG